AUGACAGUUCAUGUAUUUGAGGCCGUCUCGUCACCGUUGACUUGCUUGUUCGCCUUAAACAAAACAGCCGAAGGCAACAAAACGAGAUUUCCAGACGCAGCAGCCAGUGUAAGAACAAGUUUCUACGUCGACAACUAUUUGGAUUCGUUCAAUUCGGAAGAAAAGGCAAUAAAACGGGCCCGCCAGCUAAAGGCAUUGUUGCAACUGGGGGGUUUUAAUCUCACCAAGUGGUCAUCGUCGUCAAGAAAGGUCCUAGCAGCGCUCAAACCAUUAGGCUUGGCCAAUCCAAAACUGGAUUUAGAUUUAGCCAAAAGCCCAUGGAUCGCGCCCUAG